UGGUGGCGAUGGUGCGCUGAUGGUAGUGUGUAUGUGUAGUGACGUCACAAACCCUCACGACUGUCCUGUUGUUGUUUUGUCGCCUGCAUCCAACAUGUCGGCCCACAAAACAUUCCGGAUCAAGCAAAAGCUUGGCAAAAAGCUGAAGCAAAAUCGGCCCAUUCCUCAAUGGAUUCGUUUGAGAACUGGGAACACAAUCAGAUACAACGCUAAGAGGCGUCACUGGAGGAGGACGAAGCUGAAGUUGUAAAUCAUUUUUCGUGGAUGCUACAGGAGAAUCUUUUUGCAUCUUCAAACACAACUUACGUCUGAUGUGACUCUUUGGGUUAUUAAACUAUUCAACAAUUUAAUGCCAGAAUAAGAAA